CUGGGAACUCGGUAAAAAAACGAGGUCAAAUCAUGUCAUGACUUCAGUUAUCUUCAUGUCGGAAAGUGGGAGCUCUAGAAAGAGGCCCGAUUUCCCGAUUUGGAAUUCCGAGAUGGAAAUCAAUCUCAGUCGGAGCUCGUUUUUUUCUCCAGAUUUUCCAGUUUACUUGAACGCACUGAAGUCGGAGAUUUUAGAGCUCCGUGUUUUUUCUUCUCUCCAGUGUCUAGUUCCGACAACCACGUGAAUUAUUCCUAGUUGAACAAUAGCUCGAUAAUUGGCUAUUUCUAUUGCAUUUCCUUCCGACAUUUUGAAAGAUUUUGUUGAUGAAUUACAAAGUAGUUUGCGUCAGGUCAAUCUCGUAUUGGACUGGUUAAAAUAAGUGAACAAAAAUAUAGCCUAGGCAACUUUCACUUUCUGUUUCGCAGCAAAUAUAUAGCCAGCAGGACAUUGUUCCUCUGCGAUUAACCUCAGUUGGUUUAGAGAGGAUUUUUGGAGGAGUCGUCUAUAUUGACUAUUUCUGGGAGCUGUAGGCUAAUCAUCCUGUGAAGCUACUUGACCAUGGAUUCCCCAAUGUGUCUGGUCGAAAACGCCGACGGGGAGCUUCAUGUAGUCCCUGGUGCCAUCAAGUACCUGAUGGGACUGAACCAGAAAGUCGUAGUGGUGUCGGUGGUCGGGCUGUACCGCACCGGCAAGUCCUACCUCAUGAACAAGCUGGCUGGAAAGAGAAAAGGUUUUGCCCUGGGAGCCACCAUCCAAUCCAAGACUAAGGGAAUCUGGAUGUGGUGUGUGCCUCACCCUGAAAAAAGAGACCACACCCUGGUGCUGCUGGAUACAGAGGGGCUGGGGGAUGUGGAGAAGGGAGAUUCUAAGAAUGAUGCCUGGAUCUUCUCCUUGGCCAUUCUGUUAAGCAGUACUCUGGUCUACAACAGUCGAGGGACCAUCGACAAUCAAGCCGUGGAGAACCUCCAAUAUGUGAGUGAGCUGACAGAGCGGAUCAAGGUGAAUUCUUCCAGUGCAGCUUCAUCCUCUCACGAUGACGAGGAAGGAGGGGACGCCCAGUUUGUGCAGUUCUUUCCGAAUUUUGUGUGGGCCAUCAGAGAUUUCACUCUACUACUCGAGAUCGACGGCAGAAACGUCACUGAAGAUGAGUAUCUGGAGCAUUCCCUGGAGCUCAGAAAAGGUGGGGGUAAAAAGAAUCUGAUGUACAACCUCCCACGAGAGUGCAUCCGGAACUACUUCCCCUCGCGCAAGUGCUUUGUAUUCCCCACCCCUACAACUCCUGCCAACAUGCCCCACCUGGAUUCCAUGGACGAGGCUGGCCUGUGUGGAAGCUUCCGAAAGGUUGCAGAUACUUUCUGCUGCUUUAUUUUCCAGGAGAGCCGUACAAAAACUGUCAAAGGGGGCCACAACGUAACCGGGAGAAUGCUCGGCCACUUGGUUAACACCUAUGUGGAGACCAUAGCCAAAGGCUCUGUGCCCUGUCUGGAGAAUGCGGUGCUGGCCAUGGCUCAAAUUGAGAACCAGGCUGCUGUGGAUGAGGGCCAGGUAGUAUACCAGAGGGGCAUGGAGGAGGUGAAGGCCUUAUUCCCUGUGGACAUGGGUCAGAUUUCAGCUCAUCACCUCCGCUCAGACCACCAGGCCACGCAGGCUUUCAUGAAACGAUCCUUCAAAGACGAAAAUGGGGAUUUCUUGAAAGCGUUGGCGGUGGCCAUUGCAAAGCACUACGCUGUCCUUCUCAUUCAGAACGAGGAUGCCUCAGAGAAGAAGUGUGCAGCCCUUCUGGAGAAGCUGUCUGCUCCGAUGGCCCAGAAGAUUAAGGAGGGGAUCUACACCACACCUGGAGGAUAUGAGCUUUACUGCAGUCACCAUGACAACAUGGUGGCACAGUACCGGGCCAAGCCUGAUAAAGGAGUUAGGGCUGAGGAGAUUCUUGAGCAGUUCCUGAGGGAGAAGAGUCUAGAGAAGAAUUCCAUCCUACAAGCUGACAAAAAAUUGACCGAAAAUGAGAAAAAGAUCCACGAGGAGCAAGAGAAGAGAGCCCUGGCUGAACAGGCAGUGAAGAUGGAGGCAGAGAAACAGCACCAGUUAGAGAAACUGAUCCAGGAGAGGGAGAGGAGUCAUCAGGAGGGAAUCUGUCAGCUAGAGGCUAAGAUGGUCCAGGAGGCGAAGGAGAAGCAACAGGAGUUGGAGAGAGCGCUAGAUAGCAAGCUCCAUGAGCAGGAAAAGCUGAUGGCUAAGGGCUUCACAGAGAAAGAGGCAGCCAUGAAGGAGGAGAUACAGAGCCUGAGAGAGAAGGAGGAGGCCAAGUGCGAGGAGAAGGAAGAGCAGUCUCGUAACUUCAGAGCCAUAGCACAGGGUGUCAUGGAGAGUGUCAGCAAUGGCUUAGGUCACUACUUUAACUAUAAGAAAGCCCGUGAGCAACGCAAGGCGAUUGUGUUCAAGGAGCAGGUCAGAUUCAAUCUCAAAUCAGGUGCGGUUGGCAAUAUCCCUGAUAAGGAGCGCAUGACACUCAAGCAAGACAAGAUGGCCACGCCCAAACUCAAAACAGGAGCAGUUGGCAACUCUAAAGACACAACUCUGCCCAAAGUCAACACAGGUACAACUGGCAAAAGCCCUGGCUCAGAGGUCUAAAGGAUUCACCAGAGAUUUGUCAAUGGUCCAGAUCAGCAGCCACCCCUUUCUCCAGUCUCAUCAUUAACCAGAAGUGCCCAGUAAAACUACUAGGAAAUAGUGCAACAGAAAGACUGCUGUGCAACAAUGGUACAAUGGGGCCAAACCAGCUGUGACUUCACAGACGUCAGUUCCUCAGUUUAUAACCACUGAUUUCUCAUUCUGAUAAUAUUACGUCAUAUUUAAAAGUUAUAGAUUAAUCUUAAAAUUGGAGAGUUAAGAUUUGUGUUUUGUUCUUGGAUGUAGGGUAAAAUAAUUGAGCUUGCUGAACUUGUCGAGGUCAAAUGUGUUGUUCUAUACUACACAUAAGGCUAGAAUGGAACUGCUCAUCUUCAAUGCGCUUUUCACUUAAUUAAGGGAUGACCAUUGUCAUGUUUUGUAAUUGUGAUUGUUGUUUGAAUAAACCUUGCUUCAUCUCUA